AUGCUCCAGGGACCGGCUUCUAACAGCGCGGGUGGUUGGGGGGGGGGGGCGCAGAGAGCAGAGAGGGUGCGGAAGCUGUGCGGUGGGCACGUGCCCACCGCCCCCUCCCCCAGUCCUCCCCCUUCGGAGCUGCCGGACCAGAGGGAGGCGGGCCCCGUUCGGGAGGGGACGGGCCCGGGGCCCUUGGGGUCUGUGGGGGAGGCGCAUCCUGGAAUCCGCUAUGGCAGGGGCGGCGGCUGGAGCUCGGAUUCCUUGCACUUCUUCCUCCUCUCCGACAGAUGGCGACGUUUUCGGGAACAAGGAGGAGGAGUCGAAGGGGGGAGGGGGGAAGGGCCGAAUCUUGACGCAUGCGCACAACUCUCCGAGUCCGGUUCGGUUUCUUCCUUUCUCUGGGCAGGGGGUGCCGAGCCGACCCGCACGCGGAGCAUCAUGGUCGUGGGCACGGGCACUUCCCUGGCCCUCUCCUCGCUCCUGUCCCUGCUGCUCUUUGCCGGGAUGCAGAUGUACAGCCGGCAGCUGGCCUCCACCGAGUGGCUCACCAUCCAGGGGGGCCUGCUGGGCUCGGCGCUCUUCGUCUUCUCCCUCACCGCCUUCAACAAUUUGGAGAACCUGGUCUUUGGUAAAGGGUUCCAAGCCAAGAUCUUCCCUGAGAUUCUCAUCUGCCUCUUACUGGCUCUCUUUGCCUCCGGCCUCAUCCACCGAGUCUGUGUGACCACUUGCUUCAUCUUCUCCAUGGUCGGUCUUUACUACAUCAACAAGAUCUCCUCUGCUUUGUAUCAGGCAACUGCACCAGUCAUUGUCCCUGCCAAGGUUACAGGCAAAAGCAAGAAGAGGAACUGACCCUUCAGUGACCAAUAAAGUGGACUCUUUUGUAACCCA